AUUCACCUGUCGCAGCUCUCCACCCUUUAAACCUUUCAGUUGAUUGUUAGUUGAAGUUUUCUUCGUCUCAGCGGAGCAGCAAGACCGAGUCCACCAUGCCGACCAAAAAUGUCACAGAGGAGCGAUUCGGCAAGUUCAAAAACAAAGGAAAAGAUCCAGUGAAACUUCGAGAGAAAAGGAUCUCUGAGUGCGUUGAGCUGCGUAAAGCUCACAAAAAUGAGAGUUUUAUGAAGAGAAGAAAUGUGACUCUGUCCUCUCUGCCGGACGAGGAGGCUCUCUCCCCGGACUACUACUCAAACAACACGGUCGCAGUUUUCUCCAUUGAGGACAUUAUUAAAGACGUAAACAGCGUCGACAUGGAGGCCCAAAUCCGAGGCAGUCAGGCAGCCAGGAAGCUGCUGUCUCAGGAGCGUAACCCUCCUCUGAAAGAGAUCAUAGAUGCUGGUCUGCUGUCCCGCUUUGUGUCCUUCCUGGGUAUGGAUGACGAGCCCACACUGCAGUUUGAAGCUGCCUGGGCUCUGACAAACAUUGCCUCUGGAACAUCCUGGCACACUCAACAGGUGGUGGAAAGCGGGGCUGUACCAGCUUUUAUUUCUUUGCUGGCCUCACCGAUGUUGCACAUAAGUGAACAGGCUGUCUGGGCUCUUGGAAACAUUGCAGGUGAUGGUUCAGCUUCGCGAGAUAUACUUAUUGAUUGUAAUGUUAUCCCAGCCUUACUGGCCCGCAUCUCUCCAGACACACCAGUUGGUUACCUGCGUAACCUCACGUGGACAUUAUCAAACUUGUGUCGAAAUAAGAACCCCUUCCCACCCCUGUCAGCAGUCCAGCAGAUGCUCCCCUCGCUGAUCCAGCUGCUCCAUUUCAGUGAUAAAGACAUCCUAUCUGAUGCAUGCUGGGCAAUCUCCUACUUGUCAGAUGGGGAAAAUGAACGUAUUGAUGUGGUGGUGAAAACUGGUAUUGUUCCUCGCCUGGUGGAGCUCAUGGAUCACUUGGAGCUUAGUGUGAUGACCCCAGCUCUGCGGUCCAUUGGGAACAUUGUGAGUGGUUCAGACGUGCAGACUCAAAUGGCAGUUGACGCUGGGGUUUUAGAUGUCCUACCUAAACUGAUGAGGCACCCAAAGGCCAGUGUGCAGAAGGAGGCAGCAUGGGCGCUGUCAAACAUUGCUGCUGGACCCUGUAAGCAAAUCCAACAGCUCAUAACCUGCGGCCUCCUCCCUCCUUUGGUGGAACAGCUCAGAAAUGGAGACUUCAAAACUCAGAGGGAGGCAGUGUGGGCAGUGACAAACUUCACCAGUGGGGGCACUGUGGAGCAGGUGGUCGCUCUAGUACAGAGUGGUGCUCUGGAGGCCAUCAUCAACCUGCUUCAGGUCAAAGAUGCUAAAGUCAUUCUGGUCAUACUGGAUGCUAUUAACAACAUCUUCAUGGCUGCAGAGAAGCUCGGUGAAACGGACAAACUGAGCCUGCUGGUUGAGGAAUUGGGAGGACUGGAUCGCAUCGAGAUGCUGCAGAACCACGAUAAUGAAAUGGUGUACCAGGCUGCUCAUACCCUCAUAGAGAAGUACUUCUGUGAUAGUGAGGUUGAGGAAGUGAAGGUCGACUCAACAGCUGACACAUUUGAAUUUAAAACCCCUGAUGUUCGAAGAACCUUUGAUUUUUAAGCAGUUCUCCUUGAAUUAACGUUUAAAAUAAAUAUAUCUUUCAUACAAUAAA